AUGGCCUCCAAAUCCGUCCGCCCAUUCCCCACCAUCAAAGAAGUCCGGACCUUCCUGAUACAAGGCGUCGGAUCCGGCGGAGAUUAUCAUAAUGUCAAAGGGGGCCACUGGCUGAUCGACUCCAAAAUUUCAACGCCCAUGUCCCAGUACGAGAAAUACCGACAAUCAAGAACAAGCUGGGGCAUCAACGUACUUGGCUCGUUCUGUGUCGAGAUCGAAGCGACAGAUGGCACAAAGGGGUUCGCUACGGGCUUUGGCGGGCCGCCUGCCUGCUGGCUGGUGGCGGAGCAUUUUGAGAGGUUCUUGAUUGGUGCUGAUCCGCGUGACACGAACCAUCUCUUCGAGCAGAUGUACCGCGCCUCGAUGUUCUACGGCCGCAAAGGCCUGCCCGUAGCAGUCAUCUCAGUCAUCGACUUAGCUCUCUGGGACCUGCAGGGCAAGAUCCGGAACGAGCCUGUCUACAAGCUAAUCGGCGGCGCAACCCGCGAACGGCUGAACUUCUACUGCACCGGCCCCGAGCCGGCCUCCGCAAAAGCGAUGGGAUUCUUCGGCGGCAAAGUACCUCUACCCUACGGCCCCGGCGAAGGCCACGAAGGGUUGAAAAAGAACGUUGAGUUCCUGCGCAAGCACCGCGAAAGCGUCGGCCCAGACUUCCCACUGAUGGUGGACUGCUACAUGAGCCUGAACGUGCCGUACACGAUCGAAGUCGCCAAGGCAUGCGAGGAUCUCAACAUCAACUGGUGGGAGGAGUGCCUCUCGCCCGACGACACGGACGGCUUCGCGCAGAUCAAGCGCGCGCAUCCCACGAUCAAGUUCACCACCGGCGAGCAUGAGUACUCCCGCUACGGCUUCCGCAAGCUGAUCGAGGGCCGCAACCUCGACAUCCUGCAGCCGGACGUCAUGUGGGUGGGCGGCAUGACGGAGCUCCUCAAGGUCUCGGCCAUGGCGGCUGCGUACGAUAUCCCCGUGGUACCGCAUGCGUCGGGGCCCUACAGCUACCACUUUGUUGUCUCGCAGGCGAACUCGCCCUUUCAGGAGUAUCUGGCUAACUCGCCGGAUGGGAAGUCGGUGCUGCCCGUAUUUGGGGACUUGUUCACGAACGAGCCGAUCCCGGUGAAGGGGUAUCUGGAUGUGUCGGAGCUGGAUAAGCCGGGCUUUGGGCUGGAGUUGAAUCCUUCUGCGCCGUUGAUCGACGCCAAAGGUAUCUUGAACCCAGCGCCAUCAAGGCCGUUGAAGCCUGCGGACCCGGCGGAACCGGCAGAACAGAAGGAAGCUGUCAACAGCGACAUCAAUGGUCAUUCGGCGUAA